AUGGUUGAAUAUAACAAGGCAACAAACUGGGAAGAGCGGCAACGCUGCACAGGGAGAGAAGGGUUUACUCAAAGUGUGUUAGUUGAUAACCAACACCAACCCACUUCGCUGGAAGAAACGCUUGAAAGUAUCGUAUCGUCAGAGAUUGUAGCGGUUGAACCUCAAGAUAACCCAUCGCUAAGUAAUUGUGAUGCAGACCGUUACGCUGCAGUUCCCUGCCCAGAUUCUUGGCAGUACGACUUUGAGCGCACUAAAAAAGGGAAAAAGAAGAAAAUUACAUUUGUUGAGGAAGAGACUGAAGACAGUGACCAAGAUCCCGAAGAUCAAGACCAAGAAGAUUCUCUUGGUUACGAAGAAAAUGAUGAAGUCAAAAGUAAAUCAGCAGUACAAACAUCUAACCAGUCUGACGAUCAAAGUAAUGGUUUUGAACCUCCGCUCAACUUUGAAGUAGCUGCAAAAAAGCUGGAUUCGUGUUUAGAUCAAAGUACAUCUACCCUAAGAUCGGAUGUGAAGCCUAGUUUGAAAGGAAUCGGAUGUUCUAGUUCAUUUGAGGAUCUCACUCCAAACCUGGACGUGAGUGAUAGUGCUGAAGAAGAAGAUAUUAUUCCUAAGUUGAAGUGCACACAAAACAAUGAAACCUCAAACGUCGAAGAACUAUUGGCCCUCUGCUCGGGAAAAUUCCCUGAUUCGCUUUCUGGAAGAGACACGCAAAAAAGUAGUUUGACUGAAAAUGAAGAUGACGAAUCUGAUGAAGAAGUUAAGCCGUUCGCAAGAAUAAUUCCAAUGGCUGAUGAGGAUGACGAGGAAGAUGGCUCCAGUAGUGCUCUCCCAAAAUUCGUUUCUGAAAAUGACGCUGAUGAACCUGGAACUGUGCCUUCUUUUUUAGAGGAUGGAGAAAAAUCACUGUCAAAGGUGAAAAAAAGGGCCCGUGUUUGUCUGUCAGAUGACGAAGAUGAAACUAUCGAUGAAAACCAUUCGUUUGUCGAAGAAGAGGAAAUGCAUGAAGAGGAACGAGAAUUUAGAGGUCUGACUGAGUUUUUUGAAGACGAGGCUGAACUGUCCGGUUCCGAAGUUGGCAGCGGUGACGAACGAGAAGACGAAAUGGAUGACUGGGAGGAGGAGGAAGGCGAUAAGGAGGAUAUUGAUGAAAACGAAGUUCGUGAGCAAGUUGGAAGAGCCCAUAUGAAGACAAUGCUUGAUCAAGACCAGCGUGAAGUUCGACUUUUUCAAGAGCUUUUUCUCGAAGAUGGAGAUUUGCAUUCUGAUGGCGGUGGAAGGCAAAGACAAUUUCGGUGGAAACAGGCUGAUGGUGAAAAUACUGAAGGAGACGGUGCCCGUCCAAAAAAUCAAGAAGAUGAAGAAGAUGAAGCUGCUGAAGAACAGGAUGAUCUCACAUGGAGAAAAAUUCACAGUGAUAGAGAAAAAUGGCUCCUGCAACAAAAGUCGCAACAGGAAACGAAUAAAGAAGUGCCAUUGGUUAUGAGCCGGCAAACUAAAAUGGUGAAAAUCAACACUGCUUCCAAAACCAUUAAUCAAAUUACAGAAGGCGAUUCCUCCGCUGCUACUGCCAACGCCAAGCAGUCAACGCAUUCUAAGGCGAACAUUGUGACCACUGUGAGAUGCGGAUCUUUUUUACGCAGAAGUGAAAAAGAUUUAUCAGAAAUUGCAUCGUUGAUGAAAUCCGUGUUACCUGUUCAGGCACCAAGGGUCGGUUCCAAUUUUGUAUUUGCAUCCAUUACUCCGGAGAGGCCAGUCGCCGAGCAAAAUAAAUUUACACGGUAA